UAUACUUUUAAUCGGCUCUGUUUUAGAUAUGUUCGAGCGAAAGAACUUGAAACCGAACUUCUCAACUUCUUAAGCAACAACAAGUUCGAAGAUGCGUACGAAUGUGCAUAUAAUGCGCGUGAAAUGCUAUCGUCAAUCCCAGAAGAAAGGUCAGUGUCUGCUGGUCUACCGGUGUACCUUCGUCGAUUCACUGCGAUUUCAGUGCUGAUGAGAUGUGUAGCACACGGAGCAGGCGUUCUAGAACGACAAAAGAAAUAUGCCAUUGCGAUCAGCUGGCAGAGAUAUCUACUUAAAACUCCGGAACUGAAGCCAUUCUGCAUGAACAGCCGUGGAGCGCUAUGGGAUCGACUGUCUCUCAACCUUGACGCGCACAUGAAAGAGCGCGAUGAGGCUUUACAGGAAAUCCGAGAAGGUUUGGAAGACGAUGCAGUAGCGGAUAAGGAUAAACUCAUGCUUCAGGAUCGAGCUUUACGGAUAUCAAACCGUGACUUUCUUGAGAGAAUUGUACUGGCAGAGCCUGUUAAGAAAGAGAUCUAUGGAACCACAUUGUCGAAAGACCUGGGAGAUUCGAGAAUUAAUAGAUUCGUUGUGAAAGACGUCGAUAAUCAUGUGGUUGAAUGUUCUGUGGAAGAGGUGGUACGCAUGCAUUACCUGGAUAAAGAAGGUUUCAAUAAUGGAGUUCAUGCUGAAGGUUCGAUCUGGCACACGGUUCUUGGAUUAUUAUUCUAUGACAUAAUUUUCGAUCCUAAUAUGAAAAAUGUAUGGCUUAGCGAAGUACAGACGAACCCGGUCGAUUUGGCAUCUCGAAAUCUUUAUGAGGACCGUCGGGAGCGUUUCGAUGAACGGUUUUCAUGGCUGGAGAAGGCUACGGACGAAGAAAUCGCAGAUGCCGUAAAAAUCACUUGGGUGGCACAGCAUCUGUUGGAAACAUCCGAAAUCAACUGGAGCCUUUUCGAAGAAGUUGGCGAAUUUCUGAAUUUCCUCUUCUGCUGUCCACGGCCGGGCCUAAUUGCAGUCUUGCGGCGGGUUGUGACAGACUAUCGGAACUGUCGUAGUGGAUUUCCAGAUCUUACUGUCUGGAAUACCGUAGCGAAGACGAUUGCUGUGGUCGAGGUGAAAGGGCCCGGAGAUCGGCUUUCAACAAAGCAACGCCUCUGGCUGGACUUCUUCAUGCGGCACGAAAUUAGGGCGGAAGUUUGUCAUGUUAUCGGUGAGGGUACCUCGAAAUUAUUGUGA